ACCCUCUUAACACUUCAAUCUACACUGAAAAAACUAACUCUGAAUUCCCUUAUGGAGGACUAUUUUUAUACUACAAACCCUAAUUAUAGCUCAUCUGCCUCCUCUUCACUUCCUCCAAACCAUAAUGCCACAGAGAAGAAGCAAAAGGGUAGCAAAAGAGGCAACAAUGGCGUCAAGCUAUCAACUGAUCCUCAAAGUGUUGCUGCUAGAGAAAGACGACACCGUAUUAGCGAUAGAUUCAAGAUUUUGCAGAGUUUGGUUCCAGGUGGAAGUAAAAUGGAUACUGUUUCCAUGUUAGAGGAGGCUAUUAACUAUGUCAAGUUCUUGAAAACUCAAAUAUUGCUUCACCAAACUAUAAUGAAUUAUAUGGAUGAUGAUCUACUACUUUAUCUUAAUAAUAAUCCUCCUUGUAUUACUUCAAUUCCUCCUCAGCAACAAUUACCGUUAAACUUGGAUGGUAAUCUUGUUGAUGCUGGACUGCAACCGACGAAUACUUCUUUAUUACCAUUGCCGGAUUCUUUCUUUCACGGCCAGCAGACAAUGCGUCAUCACCCAUUUGAUAAGAAUUACUAGCUACACUCUCUUACUGCAAGGAUUAUUGUUGUAUUGGUAAGUGAUGAAGAAGGGUAAUUAUUAGCUUUUGUAAUGGAGGGGUUAAGAAUAUGAAAACGUAUUGUUACUAUUAUUACUACUAAAUUAAUCUGUGUAAAAAAAUCUAAAUUAAUUCUUGAGAUGCUA